AUGACGUCGCCGCUGGCACCUUCCCCGCCGGCGCGUCAGGGCAUGCAGUCGCCGUCGCCGACGACGAAAGUGGCUCCACCGCCGCCGCCGCUGGCCGUGGACGCGGCCGUCAUCAUGGGCGUGCUCACGGCCGUGCUCCUGGCGCUCUUCCUCUUCCUCAUCUACGCCAAGCACUGCAAGGAGCGCGGCCCCGGCGAGGGCGCCGGAGGCCUGGGCCUCGGGUUCGCGCCCUCCUCGUGCGACCGUUGCCGCUCGGGGCUUAGCAGCUCCGCGGUGGGCACGCUCCCCGCAGUCCGGUUCGGCGACGGCGACGGCGACGCCGAUGCCGACCGCGCCACCGAGUGCGCGGUGUGCCUGGGCACCUUCGACGCCGCUGAGCUGCUCCGCGUCCUGCCCGCUUGCCGCCACGCCUUCCAUGCAGAGUGCGUCGACACCUGGUUGCUGGCACACUCCACGUGUCCCGUCUGCCGCCGCCGCGUCACCAGGGGCCGCGUGGACGACCCCGAGCCAGAGGAGCCGGCGGCAACGCGGCAGCACGGCCGCCUUGACCUGGCCGCGAGGACGGUGCCCGGCCGGCGCUCGGCGGGCGACGCGGAGGUGCAGGUGCAGGUGGAGGUGGUGGUGCACCGCGCGUGGGACCAGCGGUGGUCCACCAACGGCUUGGUGGGCCGGGUCGCGUACCUUGAGGCCGCCAGGCAUCGGAGGGACGACCUCGGCGUCCUGGUGGUCACCGCCGACGAGUCCCGCAGCUCCGCGGCGUCGUCACGCCGCGGUCCUGCUAGCUGGCUGCGCUCAUCUUCUGCUCCGGGAUAUUGCUCCUGCUCACCGGAUGAGGUUCUGAAUCCUAGGUAG